GAGACCGCUAGGACUCUAGGACCGGACAGCGGCGGCUGGUGGCUCGGACAGCCGCAGGGACCUGGAGAGGAGGGCGGCGGGAGGGGAGUGGGCGGGCAGCCCCUCCCUGGGAUGACGUUCCUCCAGCCCUGGGGCUCCGCAGCCGGUCUAUCCGCUCUCGGCCUCCUUGUCCCUCCCAGCCGGGCCGAAAGGACCGCGGCGCCUCCCGGAGUUUCCUGUCCCUCGGGUUCUCUCCUGCCCGCGGCCGGCCGGGCUGCAGCUCGGGGAACUGGGAGGCAGGCUCCCUCCCCACUUAGAGCGAUGCCGGGCAGCAGAAGGGAGCUGGGUCUCAGUCCUGGGUAGCAGGAGAAGUAGGGAAGAGGGGAGGGAAGAAGGGGUCUGGAGAAGAGGCUCCAGGCGGCAGGAGGAGCGAUGGAGCUGGGGCCCGUGGACGCCUGGGACCCGUACCGCCGCCCGGCACGCCGUACGCAGUGGCUGGUGAGCGCCCUGGCCCAUCACUACCGCCUAGACCGCGGCGUGGAGAAUGAGAUUGUGGUGCUGGCCACCGGGCUGGACCAGUACCUGCAGGAGGUCUUCCACCACCUGGACUGCAAAGGAGACGGCCGCCUGCCCGGGGAGGACUUCCGCGUGCUGUGCAGGGUGCUGGGGCUACGGCCAGGUCUAGGCACGGAAGGGGGACGCAGCGAGGAUGAGGAGGACGAAGAGGAGCGCGCCGCACUGUGGGACGACCUGGCACCGGAGCUCACCUUCCGCCAAUUCCACGCCCGCCUCUGUGGCUACUUCAGCACCCGAGCCGGGGCACGGGAAGGUCCCGAGGGGAGCCGGCUGCCGGUGGGGCCCGAGAGUGAACACAUAGAGACCCAGAUCCGGCUGCGCAGCCCCCUGCGCCGGCGCCGGGAGCGACCCGGGGCGUCCGCUGUCCCGGCUGCGUCCGGGCGCACAAGGAGCUCCUCUUCCGCCACAGCACUCUCCAGCACGGGCUCUUCGACCUGUUCGCGGGAGUGCUACGAGGAGGUGGUGGCCCUGGAGCAGGCUGAAGACCGGGUCGCCAAGCUGGAGGAGGAGAACGCCAGCCUUCGGGAGCUUGUGGAGGACAUGAGAGCCGCCCUCCAGAGCAGCGACGCACGCUGCCUGGCCCUGCAGGUGGGACUCUGGAAGAGCCAUGCCAGUCACAAGCAAGAUGGUGGCUGCUUUCCUGGGCCCAGGAUACUAUCGAGCCAUGGGAACCCCCAGCCCACCAAAGGCCUACAGAGCAUGCUGAAGGAAGUGGAGCUGAUCCAGAGCUCCAGGGACAGUCAGAUCGAAGAGGCGAUCCAGGUGAAUGAGGAAUUGGCUAAGGAGCUGAGGCAGUGCCAGGAGGCCCUGGCAGCCUCAGAGGACUGCAACCGCCACCUGAAGAAGGAGAAGGCAGAAAUGAGGAAGAAGGUGGAAGAGGCCAGGCAGGCAGUACUGAGUGGCCUGGGGAAAGUGAAGGAGCUGGAAGCCCAAGCCACCCAAGUACUGCAUCUACAGAUGUGCGUCCAGCAGCUGGAAUUAGAGCUACAGUAUUACAGGUCAGAGAUCAGGAAACUACCAACUUCACUGAGUGAUCAGAAAAUGUCACAAGAAGAUGGUGAGUCAGAAACUGGAAGAGCUUCCUCUCCUGGGCAACCAGAUGGAAUCUCUCCCCACGAAGGGGCAGCAGCUGCAGAAGAUGGUAUGAGCUGCAGAUAUGCUGAUGAAGGAGAUGAGCAGCUGUUCCGCUCUGUGGAGGGUCAGGCAGCCUCUGAUGAAGAGGAGGAAAAAUGGCCGGGGGAGCAGCAGACCCAGGUGGCUGAAGUGAAGAAGCUACUGGCCCGCAUUUCGAGCUGUGGGAGCGGAUGCGAUGACAAAACAGCCAAGAAGCUCAUGUCUUACUUCGGCCACUUUGGCAGUGAUGAACACACCAGUGCCCUGGGGGAGCUGGGAGAGCAGAUUGUCACCCUGACGGAGCAGCUAGGGAACAUGGGGCAAGACGUGAAGGGCUCUGACCCUGGUGACCAGGAGGUGAAGGAGCCACUUCUCAGUGAAAUUCAGCAGAAGGAGGAAGAGAGCGAGCUGCUGAAGAUGGAGUUACAGAUGCUCGAGACGGAACGAGUUCGGCUCUCCCUGGUGGAAGAAAAGCUGAUGGAUGUCCUCCAGCUUCUCCAGAGGCUUCGGGAUUUGAACAUAUCAAAAAGAGUCUUGGGGAAAAUGUUGCUGAACACCUUGGAAUCCUGUCAGGACCCCCAACAUGAGAAGGCCCACACCUUCGAAGUCCUAGAUGCCUUGUACCGGACACUGGCUAGCUGUGAGCUCCUGCAGAAACAGCCUUUGGAGCAGGCCCAGGCACCCCAGACUCUCACCAACCAGCUCAUCAUCUCAUGUUGAACAUCGGUGUCCCUUGCAGCUCUGCAGAGACAUGCCUCCAUCUGGGAUAUGGAUCUGCAGCCAUCAGACUGUUGACAUACAAGUGGACAUCCCUGCAGGACCCACCAAGUACAGAACCUCUGCUAAGGGACCUCUUCCCCUUGGACACUUGACUACCCCCUGGACCCUCCCUAGGAUAAAGUGCUCAGUGGCCAUUGGGUCUCCCAUUGCUGAUAAGAGGAUAAGACACUACCCCCAUCUCCCAGGUUAUACUGUGGAGGACAAGGCUGGGCCCAGACCCUGGUCUGAGAGACUGAUGGAGCCCCAUGAGUCACUGAGCCAACACCUGCAUCUGUGAUUGAGGCUGCCCUAAUCAGGGCCCUCCUGCCUUGAAAACUGUAUCUCUCUCUUUGAUGGAAUGGUGCAUUUGACCUUCAUGUUGACCAUUUUCCUGAUGGACCUAUCUAGCCUCCUAAUUUAUGCUGAUAAAUCUCAGGCUACACUAAACCUGUCAGAUUUAAUCUCAGAUUAAAGUGGUGAGCACUUUCCUGAUAACCUAUACCUCCUGCAACCCCUGUAGAACUCUGGAGAGUGUGGCCUUUCUCCCAUCAUAAGAUUCCCUCCCUUCCCAGUCUGGGAUCCCCUCCCCUAAAUCCAGUGACACCAGGCAAUCCUCCAGGCUUUAAUGCAACCCAGAUGCAUGCCUAGCACCACCCUAGGCACUGUAGGAGGGAGGGGAAGAACAAAAAAUAAAAAUGAAAAGAUGCCCCUUCCCACAAGAAGUUUACAAGCUGCUUGGAGCCCUGGCUUCCCAUGAAAUAGUUGAGCUCAAUCAUUGGCCUCAGUUAAGAGCUCAACUGUGUUACCAGCAUCCAGGUGGAUUUCAAAGCAUUAGUGUGGGCUGGAGUAGUCACGAAAGGCUCUAGAUGAAACCUUUAGGCAAAAUUUUCCCCGGAAUGUCUAGGAUGGCACUUUGUUAGCAAGCCGAUGAGUAUGAGAAUAAGGAGUCUGAUCUCGCUAAUAAGAUGGUACUGAGAGGACUAAAAGUCAGGAGACCCGAGUUCGAAUCCUGGAUGAGCAAGGUCCCUCCAGGACCUUCUAGUCUAGUUAGGGCAAGAUGCUUACACCUAAGUUAAAUAUCACUAUAGAGCAGUUUAGGCUAAUGAGGGGUAUAGACAAGAAGGGCAGGAGGAGAGAAAGCACAAUGCGGGCUAAAGAGAUCAGGGAAGGCUUCCUGGAGGAGGCAGGAUAGCUUGAGUUUAGUUCUUCAAAAUGGUCAAGAUUCAGAUAAGUUGGAAAGGAGAAGGGUGUUCCAAGUGUAGGAACAGAAGUUCAGAAAUAUAAGGUGAGAAAGAGACAAUGAGGAACCCAGCCUAGCUGGAACAAAGGGUAUAUGUGGAUGGGGUCAUGAGGAGGAGUUAGAUUCGAUUAUGGCUAAAACGAAAUGAUAGGGAGGAAAAAAAGCCAUAGAAACAGAAGGCGGUAGCAUCACUAUGCUUAUAACCUAAACAUUGCACAGUGGAGAAAAUCCUGACUCAGGAGCCAAGAGCAGAGUCAUGGUCUCAGCUUUGCCCCUAACAAGCUGUGUGACCUUGGACAAGUCACCCAGCCUUUCUGAGAGUCCAUGUCCUCUACAAAAGGGAGUUGGACUCAUUGACAGCAAAGGUUCUUUCCAGCUCUAACAUUUUGUGAUUCAGAGAGAUGCCAGAAGGGUCUAGAAUAGCUAACAGAAAGCUCUCAGCAUCCCUGGGUCACACACACACACACACACACACACACACACACACACACACACGCACCUCUUUAAAGGUUAGGUCUCAGUGGGAUAGUAGCUGGCUAUUCCAUCCUGCUUCUAUCUGUAUUUUCUCUCCCCAAAGGGGAGAAUUAGCAUUAAUUCUUCCAUGUUGAAUUUAUUUGAUUUUAAAUGAAUGCAAAAGUAUCCUCUAAACACUCCAAGCUGCAGCUAGUAAUUCUCUUGCCAUCCCCUCUCUUCCCACCCGUCCGCCCACAGCCAUUUGUUGCUCGGUGGUCCUAGAAGUAACUGAGCUCUGCAGUUCCAUCAGAAGAAUCCAGAAUCAGUGACACCCUGCCCUUGGGAUUUGAACAAAGUCCCAUGUUAAGGGAUGUCAGCCCUCCCUCACUCAAAUCAAAGUCAACUGCAAGUCAUGUCAUCAUUUCCCUGAUGUCGUGAUCCUCUUUGAGAAUGAAGGACAAAUAUAACAAUGUUAAGGGAUGUGCCAGGAAGAGAGAAAAGAGCUUCUGAGGCGGAGUUAGAUUGAGAUCCUCAAUGUAGAAAGAACCCAGAGAACUCUGAUCUAGCUUUUGGAGCAUCAGAAUCCUGGACUGGACCCAGGUGUCCAUAUGAAGUGGGGCAGGGAGUGUAGCUCAUGGGAAUUCUCUGGUACAUUUGAUUGAGCGGAGAAGCUGGUGAACUCUUUAAAGUUCACCUCCUUAAAGAGGUGAUAGACGUGGCCCUUGGCACCUCCUGGGUAGUGGAUUUGCCUGGUAGAGGCUGCCCCUAAAAUGAAUUGUUUGCCUUUGGGGAUAUCAGACCUGUGGAGGGAGCCAGGCUUCAUCAGUGAAAUACUGUGCCUGUUGAUAAUACAAAGGACCCAUAUGUUCAAUUCAGUUUAAGUCAACAAAUACUGAUUAAACAGAGCACCCUUUUAGUCACUGGGGGAGGGAUACAAAGAAAAAGUCUCAGAGUAAAAUUUCCGUCAGGAGCAUGUCAAGAAAGGCUUUUGAUUUGGAGCCUUUGGAGAGAGUGAGACCGUGAUUGAUUCAAAUGAGAUGAGUCAGGUAGGAAUUUCCAAAGACUUGGUUGGGAAUCCCCAUCUCCCCAUCUGUAUGUUUCUGUGUUGUUAUUGAUCAGUUGUCUCAGUUGUAUCCAACUCUUUGUGACCCCAUUUGGGAUUUUCUUGGCAAAGAUACAGGAGCCGUUUGCCAUUUCCUUCGUUUGGUGUUUUCUUGACAGAGAUACAGGAGCCGUUUGCCAUUUCCUUCUUCAGCUCAUUUUUACACAUGAGGAAACUGAGGCAAACAGCCCACGGUCACACAGCUAGUAAGACUGGAUUUGAACUCAGGAAGAUGAGUCUUCCUGACACCAGGCCUGGCACUCUAACCACUGUGUUACCUAGCUACCCUCUUGUGCCUACACAUCAGCUAAAAAAUAAUUUAAUUCAGUGCUUUCAAGGCUCUGAGGUGCUUAGUAGAGUGCAAAGCAUACAUCCUGGCAUCAGAGGACCUGAAUUCAAAUCCCACUUCUGAUGCCAUAUAUGUGACUUUAGUCAAAUCACUUAACCUCCCUGGGCCUCAGUUUCCACAUCUGUAAAACAAAGGGGGUUGGUCCUGACAGAAAGAUGAUAGACUCAAGACAGAAGAUGAAACAGACAUUUUUGGUCAGGGCCAAUGUGGUCAUUUGUUUUGCUUGACUAUACAUAUUUGUUACAAGGGGUUGGUUUUCUUUCUCCUAUGGCAGAGAGAUGCAGGUAAGAGAGAAAAUCAAUGCUUGUUAAUUAAGAAAUUUAAUUUUUUUAAAUGAGAGGGUUGGACUAGAUAUCCUCUGAGGUCCAUUCCAACUCUAGACCUAUGAUCCCAUGAUCCAGUUAAUAACAACUUAUUAAGUGCCUACCCUGUGCCAGGCACUGUGCUAAAUAGGUGUUGGGGCUAGACCUUAAAUUCUACUGAUGUGGACACUUCUCCCACAGAUGCAAGUUACACAUGGUUUCAUGAAUUGUCAUGACUAAAACCUUCAUAACCUGUUCAUUCAAUCAGCCAACAAGUAUUUAUUAUGUUUUAAUCAGUCAACUAGCAUUUAUUAAGUGCGUGCUAUGUGCUAAGCACCAGGGAUUAAAAAAAAAAGCAAAAGACAGUCCCUUCUUUCAGAAGGCUUGCUUGCAGUCUACAGUGUCUAGGCUCUGUGUUAAGUGCUGGGGAUAUAAAGACAAAAGUGAAACAGCCCUGCCCUCAGGUAGCUUAUAUUCUAUCAAUUUGUUGAUGAGACUCUCUGAACUUAAUUACUGGGAUCUUCAGAUCAUAGACAUACUGACUUAAGCACAGCAUUGACAGACUGGAAUUAAAACCCUUCCAACUUAUGGAAAUAUACAAGGAUUUGUACUUUACUAGGAUUGCUUUUAAGAACCAAGGUCAACGCUAUCAUGAUAAAUUAUUAGUGAGACCUUAGUGGAGGAAAAUUACUGUAUCAUAAACUUGACCUAAAAAGCUAAUGUGCUACAAUAAUUGAUAUUAAACAUUUAAUUAAUCAUCUUGCUGCCUUUUGAGAAUAUAAGUGGAUUUCUGGGGAUGAUUUCGAUGGCUCAGGUCUCUCAAAGAAUCUUCUCAAAGAAGUUUCAACUGAUGCCUGGAUAUUUUCCUCACAAAUUU